UCCCGUUCUGCAGCCCACCGACCAUUAUCUUGCCAUGCAUCAAGGAGGAGACGACCUCGAAGACGACUUUGUUCUGGACAUUCCCGAAGAAGACAACGAUGGAUUCCACGUCGAUGACGCCCAAGAUUUUGUAAGCGAAGAGGAAGGAGACUCGGCGGGCCAACGGGACCAGGCUGGUCCUAGCAACGCCAGAGUUGUAGAAAAAAAGAGGAAAAGAAGGGAAAAAUUGAAAGAGCGAAAGAAACGGAAACUAGUGGAUAAUCCUGGAUCUCUUAUUGCUGUUGACUCUAUUGCGGGACAAUCCACCUCUGAACUUGCCAACUAUCUGUCAGAAGAGCAGAAAAAGACCUUUCCGGAUAUGUCUGCGAUAGAACUGGAAGCUACGGCAGUACCAGAGUCUGCAAUAGCAGAUACAACUUCAUGGCAAGAGCCAAGAACCCUGGAUAAACUGGCGGAAUUCAUCAUUAAAGCUGUUCCAUCACUACGAACUCGACUCUUACAGAAAUCUAAGGCUACUGGAUCACCAACCCUUCUUUUCGUAACGGGCGCGGCUCUCCGUGUCGCUGAUGUCACCCGUGUCCUGAAGGACAAGAGGCUGAGGGGUGAAAAGGGUGGCGAGGUGGCAAAGCUCUUCGCCAAACAUUUCAAGUUGGCUGAGCAUGUAACUUACCUUCGGCGGACAAAAGUUGGUGCUGCUGUCGGUACUCCCGGGAGGAUUGGGAAGCUGUUGUGCGAGACAGAUGCAUUGACAGUGUCCGCGCUCUCCCACAUCAUAUUGGACGUCACCUUUCGGGACGCCAAGAAGCGAAGCUUGCUGGACAUACCGGAAACACGGGAUGAGUGCAUGAGGACGGUUCUAGGAUGUCCACAGGUCAUCAAACAAAUGAAAGCGGGUAAGAUACAGGUGAUACUGUUUUGAGAAGCACCCCGUAUUAGUGUUUCUUGUCAUGAUGUAUCUUUUGUAUACAGUACAGCUGCGAAUAAUAGGCUAGAAUCCCUUGGGAUUCGUUCGAAGGGUC